CAUAAAAAAGCGAGGAGGGGAUGGAUCGCGAAGAGCAACUUUGGGGCGAGAAGAAACGUACGGGUUCUGAAACAAACAAGUCCACGAUCCGCAGUCAGUUUAAAGCAAGCCGGGGCAUCGGCUUCGUUUAAUCCGGCACGCUGUGUUUCUUCGCUACCCUAAGUGAAGUUUACGUCUGCCGAAACGUGUUGCCUCGGCUUUGCAUGACAGCUCGGCAAGAGAAACCCAGCAGGAUUUAUUUAAUGCAGCCGCUGAUGAUCAGUGGAUCUGGGUAUGUCACCGAGCGAUCCGGGAGCGACCGUGUGGACUGCACUGUUUUAGCUGAUUAAUUAACCGCGGGCAUGCAAAGCAAGCCUGGCGCUUCUGGGGAUCUGCGUUUCAAAUGCAUGUAUCGCUGUUCUUUGCGAGGUGCAUUAGCAUUUUCGGAAUGCUUAGACAAUCCGAGGCACACACUGCUGAAAGCGAUGUCAAAACCAGCUUACAGUGCUUUGGAUUAAAAGGAAGCGCGAUGCAUUUUUAUUUAUAACGGUGUAUUUUUCUGGACGUAUAGAGAAGGAGAGCGGCUAAGGUGAGCAAAGCAUGUAUGCAGAACAAAACAGAUGACAAGCACAGUCACAACUUCAGGCUCUCAGUGCACGGCAACAUACGGUUACAGAUUGAGAGCAAACUGUAAGCGGAGUUCCUCUGAAACCCAAUGCCUCGCAAUGGCAGUUUAACUAGGAGAGUGAUCAAGACAAUUAAAAAGGAGACAUGUCUUUAAGAGAGGACACUCACUGAUUCUAAGUGGAAGUGCUGUAGAUAUUGAGGAUCUCUAAGCGUAUAUUAUGGCUGAUAUGCGGUGACGUGAGAUGAUUUGUUUUAACGUGUCAGCUGUUUGGGAAGAGGAGAAUGCGGAUGCUCGUAGUUGAUUCCCAAGAUUUGACUGAUACGAGCGGUGGCAUCUCAAUCUGGGAGACUGAGAAUACGACAGUUUGUGGAAUCAAUCAACUCAUUAUUAUAAUUUUCCGUCUUUGUCUGCACGUAGAAAAACAAUAGAAUUGCACAGUGCACAGAUUCUUAUUGUGUUGAUUUUCUGAAAAAGCGACCAAAAGGGAAUUUGCUUUAGUGUUUCUUUUCGAGGACCGGGCUGAGACCCCAAGACAUGCGCGACGCACGUGCCUCGGGGUCGGGUGCGUGCGAGCUGUAAGCCGUCGCGGCGUUGUGACUGCGCCCCAAAGAAGGUCCCCCUUCGGAGUAGAGCCGCUGUCAAGUGCAAGUUCUCGCUCGCCACGAUGAUGAGCAACGGCCCCACUAUCGUGUACGAGUGGCUCAAAACGCUGCGUCUGUGUCAGUACGUGGAGUCCUUCGUGGACAAUGGGUACGACGACCUGGAGGUCUGCAAGCAAAUUGGGGACCCCGAUCUGGACGCCAUUGGGGUCUUCAUUCCACACCACCGGCAGAGGAUUCAUGAUGCGGUGCAGAGGCUGAAGGAGGAGGACAAAGACGCGGCCUCUGGGCUGUACUUCACCCUGGAGCCCAUGCCCCUGAGCUCAGACAUCUACACCAGCCACAUGGUGGAACAGUACGAGAGCAAACUCCGGGGCUCAAAGUCAUGGACUGAACCUAAAAGCGAGCGAGUGCCCAGGAGCCAGGGGUGUCCAAGCACCCACAGGAAUCUGACCCUCGGCCAUCACAAGGAGCUGGUGGUUUAUCCAAAGCUCAAGCUGAAGAUAAUGAUUCGAGAUAAGCUCAUCAGGGAUGGAAUUAACCUCAAGAAGCCACCAUACUCAAACAAGGACGGCUCCCUGGGGAACAUCGACGACCUGGCACAGGAAUACUCCGAGUACUACAACACCCACCUCAGCGACGUCUCUGAGAGGAUGGAGGAGCUGCGGAAGCGGAGCGUGUCCCAGGACGCAGAGCCGGAGAAGGCAGAAGCCAGUCCCCCCUCACAGCUCCAGCUGCGCACGGAGAUCCAGGAGUCACUGGGCUUCAGCAGCGCCGUGUCCACACCCGAGAGCGAGAGGAAGGUGCCUUUGUACAAGUCGAGCUCUGAAGAGGGCUGCGGAGGGAGGUGGGACAGCAAGAAGAAGAGCAAGUCUUUCUGGCAGAAUUUUCGCAAGUCGCAGAAAGGCGUGAUGCGUCAGACGUCGAAAGGAGAAGACAUCGGUUAUGUCGCCAGUGAGAUCACCAUGAGUGCUGAAGAGCGCAUCCAGCUGAUGAUGAUGGUGAAAGACAAGAUGAUCACUGUUGAAGAAGCCCUUGCCCGGUUGAAGGAGUAUGAGAUGCACAACAGGCAGUCCGGCAGUACUGACAAUGCAGAGGGGACUGACGGCUCCAGUCCCACUGUAAUCGAGUCCUCAAACUGUAAUUCUCAGGAACCGUCCGACGACGAGCUGGAGGACUCUGUGAAGUUCAGGAGGCUGCACAAGCUGGUCAACUCCACCCGCAGGGUGCGGAAGAAGCUCAUCAAGGUGGAGGACGGCAGGAAGCCUGAGGAUCCGUUUGGGUUCGAGGCGUCCCCGACGUGCGAGGACAAGUCAGCGCUCUACGCCGGCGUGCAGAAGAAGCCACCCCUCGCCCCGGAUGAGUCGCGGUCCUCCCUGCUGCAGGAGCAGACGUCUCUGGACGGGGACACGGACAGCCUGACCACGUCGCCGUCUUCCAGCAGCCUGGACACCUGGGGCAGCCACAGGCUGGUGAAAGCCUUCAGCAGAUCCGGCGGCGGAGGCCACGGCCUGAUCCGGCCGGCCAGGAAGCCGGGCAGCGGCUCCUCGUUCUCGGAGGCCGACGGCAAUGGCGAGGAGGACCCCAGGGCGACUCGCUCCAUGCCGGACGGGGAAAUGCGGAAGGCCCUCCCGGCACUCAGCCACGGGGUGAGUAGCGACGGCGUGUACGGCGUCUGUGUGCCCCGGGCACGGCACCGCUUCCUGGUGUCCCUCGAGGACGUGCAGGGUGGCCGGCGGAUGGCGAGACCCAAAAAAACCCUGGACCCCACCUACUCCUACUCCACUAAGCACCUGCUGCACCAGCGGGCCCGUGCCAAGCUGCCGGGGUCCCCACCGUCACGCUGCGACCUGCAGCUCCUGCGCGACAAAGCGCGGGGGGGCGGCUGGGCCUUCCCGCCACGCAGGCUGCGCGGCCGCGCGGCCGUCAGCGAGUUCAACAUCACCUAUGUGGUGGAGCGCAGCCUGCAUGGCCACCUGAGCUGGUCCCAACUAGUGCGGCCCGUCACGGAGCGGACCCUCAGCAAGGCCGAGCGGCAGGAUCUGCGGCGCUGCCUGCUGGACGAAGACGCCGGCGAGGCCGACAGGAAGUGGGCCGCCAGCGUCGACCGUUGUACCAAAAGGGUUCUCUUGCGCAUUCAGCAAAAGUCUAGAACGUGCAGCUUCGGCGGAUUUGACCUGUCUAAUCGUGCGCUCCACGUGGUCGGCACGGCCACGGACCCCGAUAGCAAGGAGCAGGAGCCCAUGUACAAGGACGUGGUGAAGUCCCCCACCACGUCACGCAUCUCCAAGAAGGUGAAGUCUGUCAAGGAGACCGUGCGGAAGCGGAUUUCGAAGAAGUACAGUGCCUCGGCGUCCGAGCAGUCGAGCCCAGACGGUACCCCCAGCUCCCCACAGUCUCCCCAGCCGGACACAGACUCCUUGGAAAAGCCCCCCAAGCUAAAGGCGGGGGGGUCUGUGGAAAGCCUGCGUAGCUCUCUGAGUGGUCAGAGCUCCAUGAGCGGUCAGACUGUGAGCACCACAGACUCGUCAGCCAGCAAUCGGGAGAGCGUGAAGUCGGAGGACGGCGAUGAGGAGGAGCUUCCCUACGGCGGCCCCUUCUGUGGUCGCGCCCGGGUCCACACUGACUUCACGCCCAGCCCCUACGACACCGACUCCCUCAAGCUGAAGAGGGGCGAUGUCAUCGACAUCAUCAGCAAGCCUCCAAUGGGGACCUGGAUGGGCCUACUCAACAACAAGGUGGGCACCUUCAAGUUCAUCUACGUGGACGUGCUGAGUGAGGAGGCGGAGAAGCCCAAGCGGCCCCUGAGGCGGAGGAAGAAAGGCCGACCGCCCAAGCCCAGCUCCGUGGAAGAUCUGCUGGAACGCAUCAACCUGAAGGAGCACAUGCCCACCUUCCUCUUCAACGGCUACGAGGACCUGGACACCUUCCGGCUGCUGGAGGAGGAGGAUCUGGAUGAGCUGAACAUCCGAGACCCUCAGCACCGGGCCAUGCUCCUGACUGCGGUGGAGCUGCUGCAGGAGUGCGACAGUAGCAGCGACCCCGAGCGCAGCGCCCUCGCCGGCUCACAGGAGAAGCUUCUGUCGGACGAGCCGGCGGCGCCCCGCGACUCCCCGCGGGACUCAGGCUGCUACGAGAGCAGCGAGCACCUGGAGCACGGGAAGGGUCCCAGGACAGCCAGCUCCUUCAGCUCGUCGGCGGGCUCCGAGUCCGGCCCACUCCGGCAGCCAGACUAUCCGACUCUGCCCAUGACCCGGUCUACGGAGGUUCUGCAGCAGGGCAGGAAGGAGCAUCGAUCUAGCAGGCCCUUCUCCCUGCAGGGGCUGGCCCCCCCGAGGAGGCGGCAGGGCAGUGCCACCAUGCCCCCUAGCCGCAGCUGCGAGGUGCUGGGCGACACGGCCCUGGUGUCGGUGCGUCCGCCGUGGAAGCGCUGCCACUCGCUGGGCGACCUCCAGUGGGAGCAGGCCUUCGACAGGAAAAAGUCCCCCGCCCCAGCCUCACGGCCACUGUCAUCCUCAUCAUCAUCUGCACAAGAUCCACCAGGGGGUGGGGCAACCGACUCUCCAGAAAUUUCCAUGGACCAGCCCAGCCUGGCACUGCCGUUGCCCACUCCUUUAAGCUCUGGAGACCCUGAAUCUCCAGAGAUCAAUCCCACGGCAAGUGAGAGUGGGGUGCAAACACUCCCGAAAAAACCUCCCAUUCCGCCUCCCGUCCCUAUAAAAAAGCGCAAAGAGCGCCUACUGAACGGCCUGUGCCGCCCCACGCUGCUGCCCCUGCCCGCCACCGCACUCCCUGCGCUUCCUGCUCGGUCUCCCGUCCCUGCCGACCCCUGCCUGCCCCCUACACCCGGCACCCCACCUGCGCCGCCCCCAGCCUGGCUCUCGGACCUCCCUGAAUCGGCAUGCCCCCAGAUGCACGGGGCUAAGGUGGUGGCUGGGAAGAAGGUGUCCCAUGGCAAGACAGCUGACCUGGAGUCUCUGCUGCAGGACCGGCUGAUGGCUGAGGGCAUCGACCUCACGGAGGAACCCUACUCGGACAAGCACGGCCGCUGUGGAGUCCCCCUGUGUCUGGUCCAGAGGUACACUGAGGACCUGGGCCAGGCCGCCAAGGAGGUGGCAUCCGCCAUGGAUUCGGUGCGGGUCAAGCAACUGCGCAGGCUGCACCGCAUGGCCAUCCCGUCCGAUGGCUUGGCGGAUGCGAUCCGGAAGCCGUUGCUUCAAGGUGGUGCGAGCACCACGUUCGACUGCAAGGCGGUGGGCCUGGACUCGCUGGAGCACGUCUCCAGCCUGACGGAGCAGGUUCUGCUGCAGCCGGGGGUCCAGAAGGAACGCCACGUCCGGCGGCUGCUGGAGGAGGCCCGCAGGGUGCAGAUGCUGUAGUGCAGGCGGACUGACGCGCGCUUGCGACGCAGACGCAUGCAGACGGACACGUGCCUGCCGUGUUGACCCGGCCCCAGCGUACAGGUUGCAGUCUGCCCCCCCUCAGAAUGGACUCCACGGUUACAGCAUAGAUGCAGUUCAGGCGAUUGGCGUUACCUGCAUGAAAGACUGCACAGCUGAGUUGCACCGGACAGAGACAAUGCAGCUUGCUGCAAGCGCAGCCACUGCCAAGUUUAAUAUUUUUUUGAGUGAUUCUUCUUGAUGUUUUCUGACUGUUAGGGGGGGCUUCUAAAUGCUUCCCCCCCCCCCACUGAAAGUCAUCAACCUUGAAACGGGUGACUGAGGAGCUGCCUUUGGAGAGAUAGCACAAGGUUUUGUUUGACAUUAUAGAUUUAUAUUGAAAUAUAUCAGAUUGUUAGCUCAUUCUUUUAAUCAAACACCCCAUUUGUCUCCUCCUGCUUGCCGUAGACAGCAGCGUGGCCAAAGCAUUUUUGAAUCAUUUUUAUCCGAAGUUCUCACACUGAUUGUGAUUCCAGGUCAUGACAGUGACCCCGUGUUAAAGGCUGAACCGUCUGUGGUCACGCCCAUGAAGCAAAAAACAAUGACACGAACCUUCCCUGUGCUGCACGAAGACUGAUGUUAUGAUUGGUGCUGACAGACGGGGAUAGGGUCACAAACGGGGUCACACUCGGUGUUUCUGUGCUUAGUGUCUCUAAACACACAUCUUAAUCAGUACUAACUCGUAUCGUUUUUUAUUUUGUGAAGCAUCUUGCUUUCCUUUUACAAAGAGUAUACGCCGCUUAUUUUACGUUGCCUUAGAAGUAAGCUUAAAAAAAAAAAGGCCUAGUGAUUAUUGCUGACUGCUGUGGGGGGCAGUGACUGCGGUCCCGUGCGGUUUGGCGCAUGUGUCGACGCUUCUCUGCUAACCCAGCCUGUGACACCCUCUCACUCAGGCUCUCGGUGGCUCUUGCUUGCAGUUCGGUUUUCUGUGAAGUUUUUCUCCUCGACUUUUAAAUGUGGGUCGGUGGCCAUCCUGUUUCAGACGUGACAUCAUUCAGCUGCAGACUCAUGCGGGCGUUACCUCGCGGGGGCCACUCUCAUCCUGCACACACAGUUAUAUCUGUAGAUUGUACAAGAAAUUCUGGCUUCUAUAUAUAUGCGUGUGGGUGUGUGUUUGUGCGCGUGCUUUCGAUCCCGCUCCUAAUCAUGUUUACAGGUGUGUGCAGACUUGAAAUAUGCAGUCAGAGAAAUAUCUGCGGUUUGAUUGAGCGAUCAUCCCAACUUUUGGUGCUCGUGGCGGUUUAGCCAAAGGGAAUGUGACCACCGUGUCCGAUGGGCGCGGCCAGGAGAUCUGGAUAUAUUGUAUAUCAGGGAUGGCAGCUGGGAAUUCAGGAGAAACAAGUAUGGUGUUUACGGGCCAGAGUCUCCAUAGAGACCCCAAGCACACUGGCCAGUGGGGAGCGCUGAAAUCCUGUGGCCUGCCACAUGCCGAAAAAUCCAUAAUCAGGGAUUGUCACUUUUCGUUACCCAUGGUUUAGGCCUGGCUUACUGUCACUCCAGUCUGUCCUCUAGGUGACAUGGUAACGCCAUGUUUGCGGUCAGGGUGACAGCAUAAAUGAACGUUUCUAAUAAGGUUGGCCAAGAUAACACGUUUAAGCAUGUAACAUGCCCAAACACACAUGUUUAGAGGAAGACUGCGCAAACGAACGUGCCUCAACACAGGGGUUAAUGUUAAGGCUGGCUUAGAGAGAACUUAGGGUGGGAUGUACUGAAGACUGGAUGCACAGCAGUAUUCCAGCGUGGGAAUGUUUUUGCUGGUUCCGGAGUCCCUCUCUGGAUUCUGCACGGCACAGUAACACCCAGCAGGUGCGGAUCAGUGAUGCCGCCGUCAUGGCCCACUGGCAGACACACCCCAUUCCACCAGCAGAGGGCAGUCUAUGGGGCAAGCUGCCAGGAGCCAGUAUCCACCCCCCCCCUCCAGCCCAAACCCACCAACUCCCCUGUCAGGGGACCCUCCAGCAGAAGUUUCCAGGUUCCCCCUUGGUAACAUACUGACGGACCGUGACGUAACAAAAUGCAACAAUGCAGGGGUCCAACCAAUCAGCCGCGGCUUCUGGACGCAGAUUGUCCAUUUAUCUGUAAACAUUCCAAAUGGGCUGCAGGUGUGCUUUGCUCUGAUUGGACAGCGAGGCGUGUCCGGGGUCACAUGCUCACAGGUCAGCAUCUUCUUCAAAUUCACCCACCACAACAGAGGGAAGCUCUGCAGUCUCUGAGUACAAAACAUCAUUACUGUUAUCCGUAAAAGCACUUUAAAGAGGUUCAAAAAUAAACAGUUCCCCAAGCUGAGAAAUUUUUAAAAGCAUUUUACAUUUAUACUGAGGGUGUGAAUUAGUUUAUGCUGGUUUAUGCAAUUUUUUUUUAUCAUAAAUUGACAUCAUGAAUUAAGCAAAUUAUAAAAUUUCCCGUAUUAAGCUUCUUGUAUACAACUGUAAAGCAAUGAUUGACUAAUUGAGUUCCAUUUAAUUACUUCCAAUUUGUUUUGUCUUGUCAGAAGCAUAAUUACAUAUAUGAAAUUAACAAAUGUUGCACAAUCUGUGUAUGUAAUUCAUAUUUAAAUAACUUAUUUUCUUUUUUGCUUUUCAUAUCAAAUGUAAUUAUUAGCUGUAUUAUACACAUAGCAAUACCCUCUUACCAGUGAAAAGCUGCAGUAUGUAUUGUAAAAUAUGUGUACAAAUUAUUUUAUGCUGUUUGAGCUAGCUAAUAAUUGCCUAUACAGAUAUGCUUGUAUUGAAACAUAAAAAGGUCUAAAACUAUUUGUCUCUUCUGAAAUGUAAUAAAAAUCUUUCUUGCCAUUAAAA